CAAAAGGAGAGAGGGGGAGAGGUAAAUGUGUAAACUUUCUGUUGUUGGGGAGCUUUUCUUCUCUUUAAUUCUUCAAAGAUCCCAUUAUUACACGAAAUUAUUAUAAAUUAUUAAUGGUUUUUCUAUUCUACUUGUAGCUUUCUCUAAUAAAAACAUCAUCAUAUCCUUUCAUUUCAUUUUCUUUGUAUAAACCAAAACCACAGAGAAAAAGAUAGCAUUUUGAUUCCAUUUCUCCACUUUGUAUAGCAAUAUCUGAGUUGGUUCGGAUCGGAUUUGUGUUGUUGAUGGUGUUGGUGUUUGUGGUGGUGGUGGGUCUUCUUCAUUUAGCUUUGACUCCUUAAUCAAUCAGGAAUCUGACUUUUGUACAAGAUCUUUAUUCUAUGCUAACCUGACUUUGAGGCCAACUUUGAAAAAUAUUCAUGGCUGGAAUUGAUGAUAACAUUGCAGUGAUUGGAGAUUGGGUGCCUCCUAGUCCAAGUACAAGAGCAUUUUUCUCAGCAAUGUUAGGUGAUGAUAUUGGCUCAAGAGAACCACCUAGUGAAACUAGGGCCAAGGGACUCUUUUUAGGAUCUCAAGAGAAGAUGAAAUCAGGAUAUACUGACAAAAAAAAUGGGAUGCAAGCAGGUGUGUCUGCUGAAUCAGGUUGUUUUUCAGAGCAGAAAUCAAGCUCACGUGGUAGUGUUGUGGAAAGGAUAGCAGCCAGAACUGGCUCAAAUGCUCCAAGAUUAAAUACAGAAAGCAUCAGAUCAUCAGACCUUUCACUGAACCCUGAUGUUCGAUCUCCUUACUUGACAAUACCACCAGGUCUCAGUCCAACAACACUGCUGGAUUCUCCAGUUUUCCUUUCAAAUGCACUGGCACAGCCAUCUCCAACAACUGGAAAAUUCCCAUUCGUCCCAAAUGGUAAUGGUAAAAGUUUGUUUAUCUCAGAAGCCCCUGAUAAAAGUAAAGAUAAUUUUUUUGAGAACAUCAAUGCAUCGACGUUUGCAUUUAAGCCUACUGCAGAAGCAGCUUCCUUUUCCCUCGGUGCACCAAACAAGCAAUCCUUUCCUAGAAUUGAGGUGUCUGUUCAGUCUGAGAAUUCCCAUCAGUCUCAAAAUUUUGAACCAGCUAAGAUUCAUUCUCGUUAUGGGAACAGCCUCAACCUUCAGACAGACUUCUCCAGAUCUUCUACUGAAAAGGAUAAGGGUUGUAAUACCAUCAAUGCAGAUCAAAGAGUCUUUGAUACUGUUGGUGGAAGUGCAGAGCAUUCCCCACCUCUUGACGAGCAACAGGAUGAAGAAGGAGAUCAAAGAGGCGGCGGAGAUUCCAUGGUUGCUGGUGCUGGAGGUGCAUCAUCAGAUGAUGGAUAUAAUUGGAGAAAAUAUGGACAAAAGCAAGUGAAAGGCAGUGAGUAUCCUCGUAGCUAUUACAAGUGCACACAUCCCAAUUGUCAGGUUAAGAAGAAAGUGGAGCGGUCGCAUGAAGGCCACAUAACAGAGAUUAUAUAUAAAGGAGCACACAACCACCCAAAGCCUCUGCCUAACCGCCGAUCAGCGAUUGGAUCAAACCCACUUCUUGACAUGCAACUAGACAUCCCUGAACAGGCUGGACUACAGAGUGGUGCUGAUGGUGAUCAUGUGUGGGCAAAUACUCACAAGGGAACUACUGUUGGAACUCCUGAUUGGAGGCAAGACAACGUUGAGGUGACAUCUGCAGCAACCGUGGGUCCUGAAUACAACCAAUCUACCUCUUUGCAGGCUCAGAAUGGCACUAACUUUGAGACUGUUGAUGCUGUGGAUGCCUCAUCUACCUUUUCUAAUGAUGAAGAAGAAGAUGAUAGGGGGACACAUGGUAGUGUAGGUUAUGAUGGUGAAGGAGAUGAAUCUGAGUCAAAGAGAAGGAAAAUUGAAGCUUAUGCAACAGAAAUGAGUGGAGCCACCAGAGCUAUUCGUGAGCCUAGAGUUGUGGUCCAGACAACCAGUGAAGUGGAUAUCCUUGAUGAUGGAUAUCGCUGGCGCAAGUAUGGGCAGAAAGUUGUGAAAGGAAAUCCUAACCCAAGGAGCUAUUACAAGUGCACUAGUGCAGGCUGCACAGUGAGAAAGCAUGUGGAGAGGGCAUCACAUGACCUGAAGUCUGUGAUCACCACAUACGAGGGAAAGCACAACCAUGAUGUACCUGCUGCUCGCAAUAGUAGUCAUGUCAAUUCUUGCUCCUCUAAUGCCAUUUCUGCCCAAUCUGCAGCUGCUGGUCAAGCUCACAUUCAUAGGUCUGAACCAUCACAAAUUCACAACAGCAUGGGGAGGUUUGAUAGGCCUUCUGCUUUUGGUUCUUUCAGAAUACCUGGAAGGCAGCAUUUGGGACCUUCUCCUGGCUUCUCAUUUGCAAUGAAUCAACCAGGGCUGGCCAAUCUAGCUAUGGCAGGACUAGGCCCUGGCCAAGCAGAACUGCCUGUUCUGCCUGUUCACCCAUAUUUGGCUCAGCAAUGUCAAGUGAAUGAAAUGGGUUUCAUGAUGCCAAAAGGAGAACCAAAGGUGGAGCCUAUGUCAGAACCUGGCCUAAACUUGUCCAAUCGUUCUGCAGUGUACCAACAGCUUAUGAGUAGGCUACCUCUCGGACCUCAGAUGUAAAUGUUUCUGCUUUGUUUCAUCUAUUAUAUUUAUUUAUAAUAUUAUAAUUUUGUUGUUGUUCUGAGGAAAGUAGUAAUAUUUAUAAAUCUAUGCAUAACACUGUCAGUUUCAGUGAUCCACCUUAUGACCCUUUGGUUAGUGGGAAGUUAUGAUGACCAAAAUUUUAUGUACCAAAUUGGUGUUGCAAACAGACCAAGAAUGCAUUAAUAUGAGGGCGGCAACAAGAAUGAUAGAGAUGACAAUUCAUUGUUUCUUUGUUUUCUCUAGUUUUAUUUGUUACUUCUUAGACUACUAAAUCUGUUGCUAAAAGCCUUGUAAGCCUGUACCAGGGCUUCUUCUUAUGCCUUAUUUUAGCUUGUAUGUAAUGCUUCUGUAUUUGUCAGUAUCAGAUGAUUCCAUUCAGUGUGCUUGAGUUUGUAAAUGUUGUCUAACAGAUUUUGUCGUUCAGUUGAAUUUUGGCCUUGUAAUGGCAACUUGUCGCUUUGCAGCCAAA